UUUCUGUAGCUUAAGAGUGCAGUAGAUAGAUAUAAGUCGUUUAGUGGGCCGGAAACCUCACUGUGGCGGUGUGGCCCGCCUUUUGUUCUACAUUCCAGUCCCCUCCGGCACACUGUGUUCUUCCGUUCCUCUCGCGUGGUUGUCUGGUGCCGACGACUGGGCCGCCGCCGCCUCCGUCCUACGCUCGGUGCUGAGGCCUUCGGGACUUCCGCCGGCGACGCGCACCCUCCGGGACACCUGUGUUACGCCUACAAACUUUUUUCGUUUUCUUUUUGCGAAAAAGAUUGAGUUUACGCCCAUGACCUUUACUGGAUCUGAUACUGUCUCGAACUUAAUCCGAUUCAUCCUUCAUUGGUUCGGUUAGGUUGAAAUCCCUCGAGAACAAUGGGGCGCACGGUUCUUUCAGAUGAAGAAGAAGAUGAGUUCGAGGCUGACGAGGAGGAUCCGCGGCCCUCGCGGAGGAACAGGGACGAUAUGGACGAGCGCGAUGACGACGACGACGACGAUGAGGACGGUCAGGAUGAAUUUGAGAAGGAUGACUUCAUAGUGGACGACGAGGAAGAAGAAGUGGAAGGAGAGGAAGAGGAACAGAAGAGUGAUGACGAGAGGCGAAGAAAGAAAAAGAAAAAGAAGAGGGAAUCAGACGACUUCAUGCUCGAUGAGGAUGACUAUAUGUUGCUCCAGGAUAAUAACAUCACUGGCAUCAGUCGCCCAAAGCCUGGAAACAAGUUUAAGCGCUUGAAAAAGGCUGGAAGGGAAUCUGAAAUGGAUGAGCACUCUGGUUUUUCAGAUGGUGAUGGAACAGGCAAAAAACGCAGUGGCAAGGAGAGGGUCGAGUACAGUUUAUUUGGUGAUCAUCAAGAUGCUGCACCCUUUGAGGAGGACUUCGAGGACGAUCAGCAGGCAGGGGAGGGUGAGGAGGAAGUUGGUGAUGAUGAAGAUGAAAUGGCAGAUUUCAUUGUGGAGGAAGAUGAAAUUGAUGGGAAUGGACAAGUUGUAAGGAGGAAGAAAUUUAAAAAGAAGGUACCACGACAAGCAGCAGGUGUAUCAUCGUCUGCUCUGCAAGAGGCCCAAGACAUAUUUGGCGAUGUUGAUGAGCUGUUGGCACUAAGAAAACAAGAGCUUGAGAGGGAGGCCCUUAACUCUGGUGAGUUAAGGGGGGCGAGGCUUGAAGAUGAGUUUGAACCAUUUAUUCUUGCAGAGAAGUAUAUGACAUCAAAAGAUGAGCAAAUAAAAGAAAAUGAUGUUCCUGAGAGGAUGCAGUUGUCUGAAGAGUUGACUGGGUAUCCUCCAACGGAUAAAACAACGAUUGAGGAAGAGAGUUCAUGGAUACACAGCCACUUAACCGGUGAUGGAUUUCUGUCCUUUUUUGGCAAUGAGCACAUAAACAAGGAUAUUGACCAGAAGGACAUUGUCAAUGUCGUGACCAUGUUGCAUGCCAACAAAUUUGAAAUUCCGUUCAUCGCAAUGUACAGAAAAGAGAGCUGUCCAACCCUAUUAAGUUUUGAUUCUGAUGAGGAUAACGAGGAUAUUGAAUCUGAUGCACGCAAAUUGAGGUGGCAUAAGCUGCUCUGGGCGGUUCAGGCCUUAGACAGAAAGUGGCUACUUCUUCAGAAGCGCAAGGUUGCUUUACAGUUGUAUUAUGAGAAAAGAUUUGAUGAUGAGAAACGGAGGAUAGAUGAUGUCACAAGGCAAGAACUUAAUAGCCAACUUUAUAAUUCCAUCAUUGAAGCACUGAAGGAUGCUAAAUCUGAGAAAGAGGUGGAGGAUGUUGAUGCAAAAUUCAAUUUACAUUUUCCUCCUGGUGAAGUAGAAGAAGAAGGUCAAUUUAAACGUCCUAAAAGGAAGUCCUUGUACAGUAUCUGUCACAAGGCAGGGCUAUGGGAGGUUGCCAACCAAUUUGGGCGCAGUGCUGAGCAAUUAGGCCACCAUCUGACUUUAACUAAGAUACCUGAAGCAGGCGAGCUUGAGAGCGGUAGACAUUCACCUGAAGAGGUCGCUGCAAAUUUCACAUGUGCAAUGUUUGAAACAUCACAAGAUGUUCUUCGUGGCGCGAGACACAUGGCAGCAGUUGAGAUAGGUUGUGAGCCAAUUGUGAGAAAGCAUGUACGAGGCAUCUUCAUGAAUAAAGCAGUUGUGUCAACAAGUCCCACAUCUGAGGGAAAUACAAUCAUAGAUCCAUAUCACCAACUAUCGGGUGUUAAGUGGCUGAGAGAGAAACCACUUAGCAAGUUUGUUGAUGCACAGUGGCUCCUUAUUCAGAAAGCAGAGGAAGAAAAGCUCCUCAAGGUUACCGUAAAAUUGCCAGAAGAUGCAAAGAAAAAACUCAUGUCUGAAGCACGUGAGAAUUAUCUAAGUGAUUGUGUCAGCAAGUCUGCACAAUUGUGGGAUGAGCAACGGAAGAUGAUACUGGAUGAUGCUUUCUUCAAUUUUCUCCUUCCAUCAAUGGAAAAGGAAGCUCGAUCACUGUUGAUGACAAAAGCCAAACAUUGGCUCCAUAUGGAAUAUGGGAAACAGUUGUGGAACAAGGUUACUGUUGCUCCUUGGAAGAAGAAAGAUGCGGACAAGAAGGAUGCUGACAUUGAUUUGGAUGAUGAAUCAGAGUUGAGAGUUAUGGCUUGCUGCUGGGGUCCUGGGAAGCCAGCAACCACCUUUGUAAUGUUAGACUCCUCAGGAGAGUUGGUUGAUGUUCUGUAUGCAGGCUCUAUCAGUAACAGGUCUCAAGGUGUCGCUGAGCAGCAGCGGAAGAAGAACGACCAGCAGCGAGUCUUAAAGUUUAUGACUGAUCAUCAACCACAUGUUGUGUGUGUAGGAGCAUCGAACUACAAUUGCAGACAACUGAAGGAUGAUCUUUAUGAGGUUAUUUUUAAAAUUGUAGAGGAUCAUCCAAGGGAUGUUAACGCCCAAAUGGAAAAUUUUAGCAUUGUCUAUGGUGACGAGUCUGUGCCUCGCUUGUAUGAGAACUCUCGAAUAUCUUCGGAUCAACUUCCUGGCCAAUCAGGUAUUGUGAAGCGGGCUGUGGCGCUUGGACGUUACCUUCAGAACCCGUUGGCAAUGAUUGCAACACUGUGUGGACCUGGGAAAGAGAUACUUUCUUGGAAACUGCAUGCUCUGGAACAGUUUCUAACUCCUGAUGAGAAGUAUGAAAUUGUUGAGCAAGUAAUGGUUGAUGCAACAAAUCAGAUAGGUUUUGAUGUCAAUCUUGCUGCUAGCCAUGAGUGGCAUUUUUCUACUCUACAAUUUAUUGCUGGUUUGGGUCCGCGUAAAGCUUCAGCUUUGCAGAAAGAUCUGGUAAGAGAGGGAUCCAUUUUUAGUCGCAAAGAGCUUGUAAAACCUCUAGGCAGGAAAGUAUUCAUGAAUGCUUCUGGAUUUUUACGUGUUCGGCGGAGUGGUGCAGCUGCAGCCAGCGCUCAACUCAUUGAUCUGCUUGAGGAUACAAGGAUCCAUCCUGAAUCAUAUGUAUUGGCAAAAAAUUUAGCUAAGGAUGUCUAUGUUGAGGAUGCACAACAUGAAAUAAAUGAAAUGGACGAUGAGGAGCAAGAGAUGGCUAUUGAGCAUGUUAGAGAAAGGCCAAGCAUGCUUCGAAGUCUUAAAAUUGUGGAAUAUAUAAAGAGCAUUACAGAAGAAUACCGUAAACUGGAAACUCUGCGUGAUAUAAAGUUUGAGCUGCUGUGCGGUUUUUCUGACUGGAGGAUUCCCUAUACCGAGCCAAGCCCAGACGAGGAAUUCUGGUUGCUUUCUGGUGAAACUGAUGAUACCAUAUCUGAGGGAAGGAUUGUUCAAGUUACUGUUCGCAAUAUACAAGAUAACAAAAUAAUUUGCACCUUUGAUUCGGGUUUGAAAGCCAUAGUUAUGGCAGACAACUAUUCUGAUGAGGGUUUUGAUCCAGAAUCAUCACAGUUACGUGAAGGCGAUGUAUUAACUGGCAAAAUUCGAAACGUGAAUAAAAAUAGAUUCAUGGUUUACCUAACAUGCAAGGCUAGCGAGAUGAGGAGAAGGCCAUUCUCUAGAGGUGAGCAGGAUCCUUACUAUCAUGAACAAGACAUGACCUCACAAACUGUAGAAGAUAAGGCUCGGAAACAAAAGGAACUUGCAAAGAAGCAUUUCAAGCCCCGAAUGAUUGUUCAUCCCCACUUUCAGAACCUGACAGCUGAAGAAGCCAUGCAGUUUUUAUCAGAUAAAGAGCAUGGUGAGAAGUUAAUCCGACCAAGCUCCAGGGGACCAUCAUUUUUGACACUUACCCUGAAAAUUUUUGAUGGCGUUUACGCACAUAAGGAGAUAGCUGAAAGUGGAAAGGAUCAUAAAGAUAUCACAAGUUUGCUUCGCCUGGGGAAAACACUAACAAUUGAUAAUGAAACUUUUGAAGACCUCGAUGAGGUUAUUGACCGAUAUGUGGACCCAUUGGUAGGACACCUGAAGAGCAUGCUGUCGUACCGUAAAUUCAGAAAGGGUUUAAAAAAUGAGGUUGAUGAGAUGUUAAGGGCAGAGAAAGCAGAGAACCCUAUGAGAAUAGUAUAUAGUUUUGGCAUAUCUCACGAACAUCCUGGCACCUUUAUAUUGUCAUAUAUUAGGAGUACAAACCCACAUCACGAGUACAUUGGGUUGUACCCGAAGGGCUUCAGGUUCAGGAAGAGAGACUUCGACAACAUUGACCGUCUUGUGUCGUAUUUCCAGAAGAAUAUUGACAAACCACCACCUGAUGCUGGACCAUCAAUGCGGAAUGUUGCUGCAAUGGUACCUAUGAAAAACUCAGCUUGGGGUUCUGGUGGUGGUGGGGAUGCAAAUGGUGGUUGGAGGGGAGAUGGUAGUAAUGAUAGGGAUCGACCUUUCUCUGGCAGAUCAGGAGGGAGGUUUGAUUCAAGGAAUAGCUCUGGUGGUCGUGGACGAGGACGGGGGCGUGGCCGGGGUAACUUUGGCGAUGACGAUAAUGCUGGUGGAGGUUGGAGUGGAGGAGGUGGUGGUGGCAACAGUGGAAGGUGGACCGAUAACAUUGGCACAGGUGGCAGUGGUGGUUCUUCCUGGGGUGGUGGUGGCGGUGGUGAUGACAGCAACCGUGGCGGUGGAGGAGGGGGUUGGGGAUCAGCUGGUGGUGGUGCUGACAAUGCUGGUGGCGGAAAUGGAGCCUGGGGAGCAGCUGCUGGUGGCUCUGAUGACCCAGGGUUGGGUAGCGCCAAAAAGGUCGUCCCAGCACAGGAUGGUGGAACCGGCUGGGGGUCAGAAGGUGGCGGCGGCGGUGGUGGCGGAGGCUGGUAACUGGGCUGUGCCCUGCGUUGUAGUCCAGACAACAGCUACUAGAUGAAAACAGUUUCCUCGUUUUAACUCCUGUCCUAUCGUACUGUGGACGGGAGAAAUCUGGCACUUAUAAGUCUUGCAGCUGCUGCACGUCUGCAGAUGUUGCAUUGCGGACAGCGUUAUGUUUCAGUGCAUGUACAUAAAUCCAAUAUGUCUGGUCACACUUUCCUGCUACGAAUUUGAUCCUGGUGCUUCAUUGUUGAGGCUAUCCGCAAUUAGGCCAGUACUCUACCCCAUGUUGGUAAGCUUUUGUGUUGAAAGUGUAACACGCUACAUUUUGUUUCCCUAGCUUCACAUAACCCCGCUUACAAGUGUUUCAA